CUGUCCUCUGAUUGGACGAGCAGUUUCAGCACAGCUAGCACCAACUCGGUCAGUGUAGUUCAUAAACAAUUCAUCUUCUUAUCGGCUUCUCGGUUGAAUUAUAAUAUUCUCCGCAGUUCUGAGGAAAUCUCGUCGAAACUGUCUUGAGUUUCGUCUGGAUGGCUGAAAUCUCCGUUACAGACACAUCGAAGUUGAAUCCAGAGUCUGCCGAGUUUGUACCACAAGCUAAACCCAACCAGCCCUACUCUAGGAGAAGUUACAGGCAGCAGCACCACACUCAGGACUGGAGGGCUCAGCAUGUUAGGCCUCAUCAUCACUUUAGACAGUCCGAUGCGACUAAGCAUGGUCAAGAUGAGUCUGACAACCCUGCCAGUUAUACAUUACCACCUCCUGAACUUCCCAUCAGAGGAGACAUAAGAGGUAGGGGAAGACAAAGAGGAGGACGCGGUGAUGGUAGGCGCAUUAAUGACCAUCGUGCUCCGAAUGAGAGAUGGACAAAACCUGGAAGUGAUAACGACUACUCAGGAAGGGACCACGGAGCUUGUGGCCGUGAGCGACCCAACUCACCCACUUCUAAUAGAUCCACGGAUGAGGAGAAGAAAGAAAGAACAACUGUGGAAGCCGACGUAAGAGUGUCUUAUCAAGCUAGCCGACGUAAACAGCCCAAUAAAGCAAGAGUUGAGAGAUCGAUAAAGGAGCCUCAGCCCAAGGACCAAGAGGAGAACAGGGAAAACCAGGCUGAUGCAGGAGACACAAAGCCUGCAGCGGUUCAUGAACAUCCAGAGCCUGAGCAGAGGAACCAUAAGGGAUGGAGAGGUGGAGAUCGCCGCAUGCAGCCCAGUUCCUGGAGGAAAGGGCUGGCCCCUAACCAUGGGAUUGAAGGUAACUGGAGAGAAAGAGAACCUGCUCAGAUCAGAGAGGAGGAGAGGAGAGGUGCAGAAGUUGAGGGUGGAAGCCGUGAGGAGUUCAACAGGAACAGAGGAGCUGCGAGAGGGGAGGAGAGGAGAGGUGCAGAAGUUGAGGGUGGAAGCCGUGAGGAGUUCAACAGGAACAGAGGAGCUGCGAGAGGGGAGGAGAGGAGAGGUGCAGAAGUUGAGGGUGGAAGCCGUGAGGAGUUCAACAGGAACAGAGGAGCUGCGAGAGGGGAGGAGAGGAGAGGUGCAGAAGGUGAGGGUGGAAGCCAUGAGGAGUUCAACAGGAACAGAGGAGGUGCAAGAGGGAAAAGGCCACUACUGCAGAAUCCAGGGCCGAGGAGAGGUGGAGGUCCAGAGCGACGGACCGGACCGGUGAAGCGCAUGGAGCCUCCCAAAAGCAAAGAAACCCAGACAGGUUGUCUAAUUGAGCAGCUGACGGAGGAGAAGUAUGAGUGUAUGGUCUGUUGUGAAGUGAUUCGGGUCAUGGCUCCGGUUUGGAGCUGUCAGAGCUGUUUCCAUGUAUUCCACCUUAACUGCAUCAAGAAAUGGGCUCGCUCACCUGCAUCUCAAGCUGAUGAUGGCACUGAAGGUUGGCGUUGUCCUGCGUGCCAGCAUGUGGCUCUCAAAGCCCCUAAUGCAUACACCUGCUUCUGUGGGAAGGUGACCAAUCCUGAGUUUCAACGCACUGAGAUCCCUCAUAGCUGUGGAGAUAUGUGUGGGAAAAAGAGGAGUGGAGGGGAAUGCAAUCACCCCUGUAACAUCUUGUGCCAUCCUGGGCCCUGCCCACAGUGUCCAGCUUUUAUCACAAAGUCCUGCAUUUGUGGGAGAAUGAGAAAGCAGGUUCGUUGCAGUCAGACAGGACCUCUGCUUUGUGAGGACGUCUGUGGAGCUCUUCUGAACUGCUCAGAGCACUUCUGUGCCCAGGUGUGCCACUCAGGGCCAUGCCAACCCUGCCGACUUCGUGUUCAGCAAGCCUGCUUCUGUGGUGUGGCAUUCAGGGAGGCGGCGUGUGGGACUGAUCGUGAAAAGUUUGAUGGAUCAGGAUAUUUCUCCUGUUGCAUGCCCUGUGGAAAGAUGCUAGACUGCCAGUCCCAUCGCUGUCAGCAGUUAUGCCACCCUGGGCAGUGCCAGUCAUGUCCACUCAGCCCCAAGCUGGUGCGCAGUUGUUCAUGUGGACAGACUCCAUUAUCUAAGCUUCUGGAGCUCGGCUACCCAGAGAGAAAGACCUGUACUGACCCAAUCUCCUCCUGUGGCAAGACCUGCAACAAGCCGCUGCCAUGUGGAGAUGGUGAUUCUGUCCACUUGUGUGAAAAGCUCUGCCAUGAGGACAGCUGUGGCCCAUGCUCUUUGACCUCCUCUAUUAAGUGCAGAUGUGGCAGUAACAGCAAGGAAGUUCCUUGUGCAGCCAUUCAGACUGAACAAGACAUGGUGUUUACUUGUGAGAAACGCUGCAACAAGAAGCGCUCCUGCGGCAGGCACAAGUGUGGAGAGUUGUGUUGUGUGGAUGUGGAGCAUAAGUGCUCAAUGAUUUGUGGUUACAAACUCAAUUGCGGUCUACAUCGAUGUCAGGACCUUUGUCACCGUGGCAACUGCCAGCCUUGUUGGCAAACUAGUUUUGAUGAGUUGGCGUGCUACUGUGGGGAGACUGUGCUCUUCCCGCCCAUCCCUUGUGGAACGAGACCUCCUGAAUGUAAAAACUUAUGUACCCGAAGUCAUGAUUGUGAUCAUCCAGUGUUCCAUUCAUGCCAUUGUGAGGAGAGAUGUCCUCCCUGUACCUACCUCACCAAGAAGUGGUGCAUGGGUAAUCAUGAGCAAAGGAGUAAUAUCCCAUGCCACCUGCAGGACAUCUCAUGUGGUUUAGUGUGUGACAAGCUCUUACCCUGUGGUUCUCAUCACUGUAAGAAAAUAUGUCACCGUGGGGAAUGCCAGGCAGAGGGAGAGUGUAAGCAGCCUUGCACUCACCCUAGAGCCAGCUGUGGACACCCCUGUGCUGCUCCCUGCCACCCAGGCACCCCCUGUCCACCCACCAUCUGCAGUGCCAAGGUGGCACUGCAGUGUGACUGUGGCCGAAAGAAAGAGACCGUUCCUUGUGCUGAUGCAGCCAGUUCCUACCAAAGAUAUGCAGCUAUUGCCGUUGCCAGUAAGCUGUCAGAUAUGCAGCUGGGAGAGUCUGUUGACAUUGGACAGCUCACAAAGAAAGAGCAGAGAAAGGCCAGGUUGGAGUGUGAUCAAGAAUGUGCUACACUGGAGAGGAACAGGCGGCUGGCUGAGGCCCUGCAGAUUGAUCAGUCAGUGGAUACCUUCAAGUCAGCAUCUUCCAAAUAUAGUGACUCUCUGAAAGAAGAUGCAAGGAAAGAUUUCAAGUUUGUCAGUGAAAUUGAAGAGGAGAUUAAGAAUUUAGUUGAACUGACUAACAAGGGUAAACAGCCUAAGAGGAGUCACUGUUUUCCACCUAUGAAGCGUGAACACCGGAGAAUUAUCCAUGAGCUAGCGGAGGCAUAUGGUGUGGAAAGCGUCAGCUAUGAUAGCGAACCCAAGCGCAAUGCUGUGGUUACUGCCAUCAGGGGGAAAUCGGUGUGUCCUAACACUAGUCUGGCUGCUUUGAUUGAAAGGGAAACUGUUUCCAGAGCACCUCCUCCUAUUGCCCACAUCAAACAACACACAACCAAGGCCGACAAUAGUAAUGCUUGGAUGAAACAAUCUAAAGAGGAGCCUACAAUUGAUUAUUUUGAUGUGCAGGAUUGACAUGAAAUUCUGAAUAGUCACUGUAAUAAUCACACAAAAUAAAACUAUCCAAAGUCCAAAGACUUCUUUUCACUAAAGCAUCACAGUUCUGAACACAAAUACAGUGAGAAUCUAAAGCUAUGAUUUGUGGACAUGUUUGUUUGUUAGGUUUACUAAGGAGCAAACUUCUAGGAGUAAAAAUUGAUGUGGUUUCUGUGCACAUAUUAACUUGGGGGAGGGGGGAUGUGGGAUGCAUUUGUAUUCUGAGACUAGACUUUGACAUUAUCAGUGACCUUGACAGUGAUUUCUUCUGAUAGACAGCUUACACAAGUGUCAGGAGUGAGUCAGUGAAGUUGGACAUGAUUGGCAUCAGGAAGGUUGUUGGUAGUAAUCUCAUUUUACCAUACCUUGUUAAAGAUGAAAAUAACUGUGCAUCUCAGCUCCAAUAAAUGCUUCUGAAA